GCAAAAAAUUCAAAUUUUCACUUAAGUCCAUAUUGCUGUUCUUCUAUGUCUAACGCAUGCACUGCAAUAUAGCCAUAUGUAACAUUUUAAUAUUAUUCAAUGCAGUGUAAGAUAUUUCCCUAUUGCAGGUUCAUAGUAUUGUGGUGCAAUAGAGCCGUAACUGUCAGUUGUGGCCAUAUGAUUCUUGAAUACUUGCGCAUCAUGGUGCGCUACCGCCGCAAACAACAGUUAUGGCUCUAUAGCAUCAAAAACUAUUUUGCCGCUAUAAUUAUGACGCAGUUGCUUUCCUACCAACAACAGUGAAGUGUGUGUUUGUUUCCGCUGGCAACAGAUUAAUUUGGUGUUAAGUGAACAAAUAUUGUAUCUUGAGCGAGUAUUGCACAUUCGUUUGUUAUUAUGUCUCGUGCAAAAAAGUUAGUAAAGUUGGCUUUAGAUAAAGAUAACAUUGAAAACGAGGAUCCGAAAGAGAGUGAGAACACCUCUAAACCAAAGAAAACGUAUGCUGAACUUCAAAAUUGCCAGUUGGUACCUAACGUAAUAUUACAAGAAUAUUCUACGAAUCAACCCUUUUUAUUGGACUUAGAGGUAGAUUUUUCGAAAUACAAUGAUCCCAUUUUUGGAUUAGAGGCACAUAACAACUCAACAACGCUAGAUUUACCAGGAUGCUCAGGGAAUACUGCAGUGUCAGAGAUUAGUAAUGGACAUGUUGUGACUCCCUUGGACGACCAGCAAGCGGAGGAGAUUAAUAAUGAUGCAGCCAUUUUUGACUCAGAUGAUUCCAUUAAUGAUAAAGAUUACACACCUUCAGCGUCAGACCCUACUUCUGGUGAAAGUAUUAACGAGAGGGCUGACCGAACGGUAUUAAGAUUACUGUAA